UUCUCUCUGACCUGUAUCUAAUGUACAUUGCUCUCUCUCUCUUAUUACUCUCUUUCUGCCACCCUGGUUUGUGCAGAGGCACACCCACCCACCGUUUAUAAAUCGCGGACCCCUCUCAUAAACUCCAUUAAACCACCCUCCCAUUCACUCCCAAUGGCCAAACCCUCCAUUCUCCUCCAUCUCCUUCUCCUCCUCUUCAACCAGCACUCUCUCUCUCUAGCUCUGGAAGCCAGUUUUUCUGGAGGUAUUGGAGGUGUUUCAGUUUCAGGUGGUAUCCAAGGUGGUUUUGGAGGUACCAUUACCAACAGUCCAGCCCCACCUGGUUUUCAGAGCCUCAAGCUUUACAGAGCUUACCGAGCUCUUCAGUCAUGGAAAAGUGCAAUCACUGAUGACCCAUAUGGCGUUACGAACACAUGGGUGGGCACCAAUGUUUGCAAUUACAGAGGGGUGUUCUGCGCGUCGCCAUUAGUGGGUUCUUCGGAGCUUGCAGUUGCAGGGAUAGAUCUCAACCAUGCAUUACUGGGAGGGACAUUGGUCUCUGAUCUCUCCCUACUUUCCGAUCUCUCUCUCCUCCAUCUCAACACCAACAGGUUCACAGGCACAGUCCCAGACACCUUCAACGACUUCAUCUCUCUAACUGAGCUAGAUUUGAGCAACAACAGAUUUACAGGGCCCUUCCCCUCUGUUGUUCUAUCCAUGCCGAGUCUCAUUUACCUCGACCUCAGAUUCAACAAGUUUGGUGGGGUUUUACCCGAUGAUCUCUUCACCUCUAACUUUGAUGCAAUUUUCCUUAACAAUAACCAGUUUGAGGGGCCAAUACCUCUAAGUUUAGGGAAUUCCCCUGCUUCAGUCAUAACUUUUGCCAACAAUAACUUCAGUGGUGACCUCCCAGCUACAUUUGGCUACAUGGGUUCUAGAGUUAGAGAAGUUUUGUUCAUGAAUAACCAGUUAACUGGUUGUAUACCUGAAGGCAUUGGGCUUUUGUCACAAAUUCAAGUCUUGGAUUUGAGCUUCAAUCUCUUCAGUGGGCAUCUUCCUGAUUCUUUCUCUUGUUUAACAGGGAUUCAGGUGUUGAACAUUGCUCACAAUGAGUUCUCAGGCAUUGUUCCUGACAUUGUUUGUGAGCUCAGAAGCUUGGCAAACCUCACUGUGGCUUUCAAUUUCUUCUCUGGUUUGAGCCAAGAGUGCUCAAGGCUUAGUUUUAGGAAUGUGGGUUUUGAUUUAUCAGGAAAUUGCAUUCCUGGUAAGGUGAUGCAGAGGCCUCCACCAGAGUGCAAUGGCUAUCAAGGUGGGUUUAACUGUAUAAGGAUACCUGCAACAAGGCCACUGGAGUGUCAAGCAGUUGGUGAGGUUUCUACAGUGGAGAAAGGUACCGGUGGGGUAGACCCUAGGGCACAUGGCGUGCCAGGUUCUAGGCCUUCUCCAUAGUGGGAAUGAAAGAAUAUCAAUGUUUUUGUGUUUGUAAAGGGAGAUAUCCAUUUAAUAACAAGGGAUAUGUCCAUACUA